AUGGCGGAACGCAUUCUUAUGAACGAGUUCCGCACGUUGUCAUCGGAGCGAUGGGUGAACAUCGAGCUACACAAUGACGACAUUUUUGAGUGGGAUGUGGCACUGCUUGUGCUGAACCAGGACUCCCUCUAUCACGGCGGCUACUUCAAAGCACGCAUGACAUUCCCCCAAAACUACCCCUAUGCACCACCAAAGUUUCGCUUUGUUCGACCGCUGUUUCAUCCAAACAUCUAUGCUGACGGCAAGCUAUGCAUCUCUAUCCUCCACCCGCCUGGUAAUGAUGAGAUGUCUGGCGAACUCGCUUCUGAACGCUGGUCCCCCGCCCAACGAGUCGAGUCUGUCCUGAUCUCCAUCCUGUCCCUGCUCGAUGAUGCCGAAGUCUCCUCUCCAGCGAAUGUUGAUGCGGCGGUGAUGCUGCGCACCGACCCGGCGCGAUAUCGUACGAUCGUGAAGUCCGACGUGGAGACCUCUAAGAUGGACACCCCGCCAGACUUCAAGAUGCCGACAGGGGAGCCAGGGCCGACAUCCCGAGAGGUAGAAAAGGAGGACGCCGAUCCUGACUUUUGGGCUGACUCCGAUGUCGAUAGUGACGUCUUCGGAGGCAGUGACUCGGACAACGAGAUGGAUAUGGACAACUUCAGUGGAAGUGAAGAUGAAGAUGAGGAUGACGAUAUUUUGUGA